AUGGAAGUUGAGCAGGGAGAUGACGAAAAAAAGUUCAAUGCGAUGCGCCAAGUCGAGUUUUACUUUGCGGAUGCCAACCUCCCUUACGAUAAGUUCAUGUGGUCCCUUCACACGGCUAAUCCCGAACAUUGGGUGCCCGUCCAAACAAUUGCAUCGUUCAAGCGCAUGCGCGACUACCAGCCGUAUGGACUUGAGUGGGUCGCGAAUGCUCUGCGAGCGAGCGAGGAGCUUGAGGUGAACGAGGAUGGCGCACAGGUUCGCCGGCGCACGGAGCUCCAGAAGCCGAAGGGAGGAUCGGAGCGCAGCAUAUACGCGAAAGGAUUCGGAGUAGAGGUGGAGGAUAUGCAGAAGAAGCUAGAGCAGUUCUUCAACAAGUACGGGCAGACGAACGCCGUGCGUAUGCGGAGGAACCAUGCUACGAAAGACUUCAAGGGCUCCGUGUUUGUUGAGUUUACCGACCACAAAUCGGUGGAGGACUUCCUGAAUGCCGAUCCCAAACCAUCCUGGGAUGACAAGGAGCUGCUGAUUAUGACAAAAGAGGCAUAUUGCGAGAUGAAGAUCAAAGAAAAGGGUCUCUCUGGCAUUCGCAAGGCGAAGAUUGUUGGUCCGGGACGCAAGGGUUUCAAUGCAUUCCGCGAGAUGGAGAUGGCAAAGGAACAAAAGGGCAAAGAGAAGGAGAAGGAGAAGGAGCCCAAGCCCGAUAUCUUCCUGGACUUCAUGGGCAACAAAAUCCGCGCAUACGAAGAUAAGGCCGGGAUCUCGGUCAAGGAGGAGGAGGUGCCAUUCGUGAAGGGCGCGACACUAAAGUUUGAGGGCUGCGGAAAUAACGUCAGCUUCGAGGAGAUAAAGGGCACCGUGAAGGAGCGAAUGGGCCAUCUGGUGUUCGUCAAGUACACCACGGGAGAGUCCUCUGGACUGGUCGGCUUUGACAGGACCCUGACCGAUGACGACAUCAACUAUGUCAAAGAAAAUCUCAAGACGCUCAGCACGGUGGAGGUGACGUGGAGUGUCCCUGACGAGGAGACAGAAAGAGCGUUCCAGCUCGAGCGCGCGCGGUCGUCUGCCAAGCGAGCAGUUGCAGUCUUACAAAACAAAGUUGGUGGAGGACGUGGAGGGCGCGGAGGGCGCGGAGGACGGGGCGGCAAACGAGGGCGGGGUGACCGUGGCGGCGGACGCGGCGGACGUGGUGGAAGCAAUAAAAAACAGGCUGGAGACGCAGCUGCAGCUGAUGGCGAGCAAGUCGCCGAGAAGCGAAAACGCGCGGUAGAGCCUGACGGCGGACCCGAUGUCGGCGUCCGUGGCCAAUCGAUUCCCACUAUCCAGAGCGCGAAAAAGACGGAGGAGGGUGCGAGCACAACACUCGCUGCCACAACCGCAGCUGAUGGCGAGCAAGUCGGCGAGAAGCGAAAACGCGCGGUAGGGCCUGACGGCGGAGACGAUGUCAGCGUCAGUGGCCAAUCCAUCCAGAGCGCGAAGAAGAUGAAGACGGAUGAUUCAGCGGAAUGA